CGGCAGCCAAGCUGUACGUAGAAUCGAAGUGUUCAAGCUGAGUCAACAGCCUCCCAUGUCGACUCUCGCAGUUUUUGACGACGUCGUCUCAUCUCGUAGUGCAGCCUUGACGUCCAACACCACAUCGUGCUCAUCCAUGCAUCCUGAAGGGCGCCAACAAACCGGAGAAGGGCGAGGCGAAUCCGCUCUGUCUGAGCAGCCGCCCUUCAAGUAACAUAAGACGAGGCCCAUUUAACACAAACCAUGCGCUCACCAAUCUACCUCACAGUACCUCCCAGACAUGACAAAUUCGAGCGGACAACCCAAUGCCAACAGCGUACACGAUCAUCUCAUACACGCAGCAUCCUCAGCAGGCGACGCUGCAGCAAUCACUACACUCGUCGCUGACUCUCCAACUGACCUUGAGCUUCGAGAUCCAGACUCGUGCACACCACUACUUCUUGCCGUCUAUGCCAACAAACCGGAUGCCGUACGUGCUCUGCUUGCAGCGGGAGCAGACUCUAGCUCGAAAGGGGGCAGAGUGGGCAAUUCUGGGGUUGGCCGUGACUGCGACGCCAUCACUACAGCAGCUCUGUUUGGGUGCGAGGAGGUCCUCAAAAUCCUGUUGGAAGAGGAGUGGAAUGUCGAAGUCACAACUAGGGCGUUCGUGGACGCUGCCGGUUUGGGCAGAUACAAAAGCGUUCGCACCAUCUUAAAGCGUCUACAAGAGAAGGGAAAAUCGUUUUCAGACGCGAGUCCCCUUGAAGGUAUCAGAGCAGCUAUAGAGAAGGCGGCGAGGUGCUGGCAUGAUCAGACUGUACACCUGCUUUUUGCAUGAGGUUGAAGGUUUUCCAGAUGUCCAGAGAGAGGAGGAUUGCUCGGCCCUUCAGCGUGCUCUUUGGCGUACGAUGAACGAAGCCUUCGAAGGCUCAUGGCACUCGGACUGCAAUGAUGGUUGUCGAAGAAAAGCAG